ACCUCGGAUAGUUAUGGUUCUAUUAACGGUCCGAAACGGUAACAUUAGCUAAGAGCUAAAACAGCAGUUUGAACAGCAGCUAGUUCUGAAAACAUUAGGAAGAAUAAAUCCGUUGUGAUAAGUGUAGGUACAAAGGUCUAUGCAGAUGCUUUUGGAAACUACUCUAUGACGUAUUAUAUCGUAAUGCUAGUUUUCAUCUUGUUGAUUUAUCUGGGAUAGCAACACAGCAGCUACUAAUUAUUGUAUGGCUAUGCUCAUUCUGUCUUAUCAACCAUACGUUGUUAGCCUUCUUUUCACUGUUAAUCAGGACUACUGUCCCGUCUGUAUAAAAUGUAAUUCGAUCAAGCUAAAUUGUUUCAAGGAAUUUAUUUAGCAAACUAUGCUAGCGCGCUAACGUAGGCUGCCCAUCUGUUGCUGUAAGUUAGCGUCUAAGUUAUGUAUUUACUUUGUGUUAAUAUGUAUUUUUGUGAGCAACAUGAAUAGUUUCUAUCAACUCUCCAGAGAGUGGGCAUUCAUGUCGGACAAGAGCACCGCUGUGGGGUGGGUAGAGACAACCGAGGAGGUAGUGAUAACAGAGGAGUGCCUACCCCCUGAAAACAACACACCGUCAGUGUUACCGGUUUUAGAGCCAGCAGAAACGCCUAUACAGAAGCUACUGGACACUGUGAUACAUGGAGAUAACCCGGAGGCUGAUGGUGGCUUUUAUUGUGAGGAGUGCCUGCCUCUCUUCCAGGAACCGAGUGACCCCGCCACCCUUAAUGGCCCAUCUUUUAUUCUGGACUUCCCUACGAGUACUGGUCUCCCCCAGAGGGCCCUCCUCUCUCUGCCCUAUGGCCUGACGAUCGGCAGAUCUAGUAUUCCCGGUGCAGGCGUAGGGGUCAUAAAUCAUGGCCAAAUAGUGUCUCCGGGAAUGCAUUUUGGACCAUUUGAGGGGGAAGUGACAACAAGAGAAAAUGCCAUGGCAAGUGACUUCUCCUGGGAGAUUUACAAAGAAAAAGAAGAAUACGAGUACAUUGAUGCUGCCAGAGAUACACACUCAAACUGGAUGAGGUACGUCAACUUUGCUCGGAAUAAAGACGAGACAAAUUUGCUGGCUGUCCAGUACAAAGGCAGCAUCCUUUAUCACUGCUGUCGCACCAUACACCCUGGAGAGGAGCUCAUGGUGUGGCCCAGCAGCAAAUUUCUCGACCGUUUCAGUGAAUCUUGGACUCAGGUGUGGGUUAUGAAGCUGAAUGCAACAGAGAGUAGCACUUCUGUGACGUCUCAGAUCUUCUCAUGCUCCCACUGUCAGCUGUCCUUCACUACAGAGUCCUUUCUCCAGCUACAUACAGAGAGCUUCCACCUUCAGCCUGAGGAAGACUGCAAACCGCCUGCUGAGCCUGAAAAUCCAUCUUCCUAUAAUGACUCACUGAUGAUGGUUUGUGUUGAUACUGUUAAGUCGAAGACAUGCGGCGAUUGCGGAAAGAUUUUCAAGCAAAUACCUCACCUUAGGAGGCACAAGCUUUGCGUCCACUCAAACAAACGUCCCUACUGCUGCACACAGUGCAGGCGGAGUUUUAGCCAAGCUUCUGGCUUAAUCAGACACCAGCUAGUUCACAGGAAGCGGGCGGUGAUAAAAGGCACCAACAUUGUUCCUAAUCAGAACAGCAGUGAGAAGAAAGUUUUAAACACAGCAGAGCCGUCGAUAGUUGAAGAGACAACAGACAUGAAUGUUAGUGAGAAUGUACAAGAAGCUACGGAUGUAACUGAGAACACUUUCCAGUCAAAUUCUUCAGACUGCGGUAAAGGUUUCACAAAUGAAGAAUCCCCAAAGAAUCAUAAGAUGGCUGGCCAUGAAAAGUUACGUCCGUACGUCUGCAAGUUGUGUCAGAAGUGUUUCGGACAGUACAACGACCUCACCAGGCACCUGCGGGGUCAUCAGAAACAAGAAAGCAAGAGCGGGGAAAAACUAAAAGAGGCUCCUGAUGAGUCUUCUACCAUGCCCUUUAGCUGUGCUGAGUGCUCCCUGACUGUUUCCUCUGUGGACGACCUUCAGCUGCACAUAACUGAGCAUCACUCAGAGGAGACCACAAUGGAAAACCAAGAGGAUGAUCAGAGCCAUGAUCCAGACUUCACUCCUUCGCCGUCAGUGGCUGAAACCGUUAAAUCAGUCCAAAAACGCCAGAGACCUCAGCGACUUGGAGCCAGAUCCAAAAUUUCAGCUAUAACCAAACUCAUAGCUCCAAAACGAAGGGCAGCCAUCUGCAAGAAGCCAUUAACCAGCCCCGUGCAGACGGAGAGGACCUCAGACGAUUCGGAGGCCCCAGAAGCCACAAAUGGAGAGUUAGAAAAAUACAAAUGGUUCAGCUGCCAUCGCUGUAAAUGCACAUACCGAAACCCGGAUGAUCUUAAGGCACACAAGUGCGCUUUAAAAGAGCUCAAAUGUGGUCAGUGCGAGGCAACAUUCAAAACGUCCGGCCUUCUGAAGAGACACAAGCUGACGGUGCAUUCAAAUACAAAAUCGUACGACUGUGACCGCUGUGGCAAAUCCUUCUCUUCCUCUAGUAACCUGAAACAGCAUCGCAAGAGCAACACCUGCAUGAAGUAUCACUGCACGUCAGAGCCUUUCCCGUGCACCUACUGUCAGUUCUCCUUCACCAUGAAGAGCUACCUUAUCAAACACGUCAAGAGGCAUCACCCAGUGGAGUAUUUGGCCCACUGUGAUUCCGACAGCCUUGCAUUUCAGUUGGAGGAAGAGGAAGAGAAGGGGGAAAAGGAAUAUGUAUGCCCCCAUUGUGGGAAGAGCUGUACAAGUGCCAAAGCUUUAAAAGCGCACGCAUGCUUCCAGCAGGUGAAGGUGCUGUACUUGUGCACGGACUGCGGGAAGGGCUUCACGAACCACUACGGUCUCAAGCAACACCAGCGCGUCCACACGGGCGAGAAGCCGUUCAGCUGCCCUCACUGCAGCAAGAGCUUCUCCUACACCGGCCAACUCAACGUGCACGUCAGGACUCACACGGGGGAGAAGCCGUACUUGUGCACACACUGUGGGGAGAGCUUCCGGCAGUCCGGAGACCUGAAGCGACACGAGAGGAAGCACACGGGGGUCAGGCCCCACAGCUGCUCCGAGUGUUGUAAAAGUUUCAGCCGCCCGCAGAGUCUCAAAGCUCACCAGCUGCUUCAUUUGGGACAGAGGAUGUUCAAAUGCACCCAGUGCGGGAAGAGCUUCUCCAGGAAUUAUCACCUCAGGAGACACCAUCAGAAGAUGCACUUGUAGUCACAUGUUGAGGGUGAAGAUUUAAGGGAUAGUUUGGCUUCUUUUGAAGUUGGGUUGUAAGAAGUAACUAUACCUGAUCAGUGUAUUACCUAUAGUAGACGGAAGCUAAGCUGUGGUGUGGCGGCAUCAAAGUAUAUUUAAGCCACCUAUUAAGGCCCACCUUAAAACAUCUUUCUAGUUUAUCUAUAAAUGAGUAACUCUCACAACCCCACUUCCAAAAAAUCCCAAAUAUGCCUUUUAAUUUUUUCCAUUGAAAACGUAAUUGAACUUGAUAGAUUUUUUUCUAGGUCCAGUACGUAACUUUAUUUUAAAUUAAGUUUGUUUAAUGCUAAAGCAUAACAUAACAAAAAACAUUUACCUUUAUUUGAAAAGUAUUUUUGUUGUUUUUUGAAAGUAGAAAGCAAAGUAAGUAAAGGAGAUUACCAGCCUGACACAAAUGCUUAUUGUCUCUCAAUGUCAGCUUGCUUUAAAACAAAAAUAAAAACACAAACUUGUUCAUCA